AUUUUGAUCAUCUUCUUAUUAGUUCCAUUUUUAUUUUUGUUCUUUACACUCCAGUAGAUUACACUUUCAUGCUGUAAUCUUUUAUUGUAUUUAAUUUAAUUAAUGAAUAUUAAAAAUAAUUCAAAAAUGGCGGCGAAGCAAGGAGUGCCGAAGCCUAAGAAAUCGAACGUGAAGCAUUCGAAUUCUAAACAGAAUAAUAUUAAGAAAAUUGUUUCAAAAGCUUCAGCGGCAGUUGAUAAGCCGCCGGAGAAAGAAAAUGUCACUGUUACCGUCCGUUUUCGGCCUCUCAGUGCGAGGGAAAUACGACAAGAGGAAGAGAUUGCAUGGUAUGCUGAUGGAGAAACUAUUGUGCGAAAUGAGCAUACUUCAAUUGCUUAUGCAUAUGAUCAAGUGUUUGGGCCUACAACCACAACACGUCUCGUGUAUGAUAUUGCAGCACAACAUGUGGUUAGUGGUGCUAUGGAAGGCAUCAAUGGCACUAUUCUUGCAUAUGGUGUGACAAGUAGUGGGAAGACUCACACUAUGCAUGGAGAUCAGAGGUCCCCUGGAAUUAUUCCAUUAGCAGUAAAGGAUGCUUUUAGUAUCAUUCAGGAGACUCCACAACGUGAAUUUCUUCUUCGUCUCUCAUAUCUGGAGAUAUACAAUGAGGUUGUUAAUGACUUAUUGAAUCCAGCAGGACAACAUCUGAGAAUAAGAGAGGAUAGUCAGGGUAUCUUUGUUGAAGGUAUAAAGGAAGAAGUUGUAUUAUCUGCUGGUCAUGCCUUGUCCAUCAUUGCAGCUGGAGAAGAGCAAAGGCAUGUUGGUUCCACAAACUUUAAUCUGCACAGCAGCAGAAGUCAUACAAUAUUUACGCUGACAAUUGAGAGUAGUCCCUGUGGUGAAAAUUAUGAAGGUGAGGCUGUUAACUUGUCACAGCUGAACCUCAUAGAUCUGGCUGGCUCCGAGAGCUCUAAAGCUGAAACUACUGGUAUUCGUCGAAAAGAAGGCGCCUACAUAAAUAAAAGCCUGCUAACUCUUGGAACUGUUAUGUCAAAACUAACUGAUGGGAAGGCUGCUCAUAUACCAUACAGGGACUCAAAGUUGACCAGGCUUCUUCAGUCUUCUUUAAGUGGUCAUGGAAGGGUAUCUCUCAUCUGCACUGUUACUCCCUCUUCAAGUAAUUCAGAGGAGACACAUAACACACUAAAGUUCGCCCACCGUGCAAAACACAUUGAAAUUCAAGCAGCACAAAACAAGAUUAUUGACGAAAAGUCCCUAAUCAAGACAUAUCAAAACGAAAUUAGAUGUUUAAAGGAGGAGCUAGAGCAGUUGCAGAGUGGCACUAUGAUAGUUUCUCAAUUGAACCAUGCUGAAGGAAAUGAUGAUAUUCUCCUCGAAGAAGAGCUGAAAGAUGGUCUAGUUAAGACAUACUCAAGAUUGGAACAAGAAGAGGCUAAAGAUGCUUUGUUAAGCCAAAUACAAAAUCUUAGAAAAUUGAUCCUAGUCUCCACCAAUUCUUCACAUCCGUUCACACUUCUGGAUCAUUCUGCCUCAGAAAGCAAAUAUGCCUUUGAGGAAGACGAGCUUGCAUAUCUCCCACAGAGAAGGCAGGACUUAAGUUUGGAUGAUGAAAACUUGCAGUUGCAUGUUACUCUUGACAAAUGCAUGGAAACAAAGGAUGCACUGAAGGAAGAUAAAAAAAUCAAGAAGCCUGGACUACUUAACUGGUUAAAACCAAGGAAAAGAGAUAGUACCUCAAGGGAUUUGACCGCUAGUGAUAAAUCAAGUAGAGCCAAGUCUACAAGCACACCUUCAUCUCCUGCAGAUUACCGUGUUCUUCCAAUUGAGUCCAGACACUCAUACUCUUCACUGUCAGAAUGUACAUCUGUUGGGUUCUUAUCAGAGGCCAGACAAGAUCGAGAAACUAACAAGGAUGCUUUCUUGCUACAAGAAGCUCAUCCGGUGGAAAUGAUCGAAUUAAAUGAUCAAAUCAAACAAACAAAUAAACAAAUCUCUCUCCUGGAAGACCAAGCUACCAAUUCUGUCACGUCAUCCCAUCACAAAAUGGAUGAUGAUCAUGAUCCUGAUGAUGAACAAUCUCGAUCUGUAACCAUGUUAGAAGCACAAUUAAAUGAAAAGGCCUAUGAACUUGAGGCUCAAGACACAGAUAAUCAAGUGAUUCAAGAGCAUUUAAACCGAAAAAACAUUGAAUACGAAGGACUACAAGAAACAAUCGCAGCCUUAAAACAACUUCUUUCCAAUGCACAUGAAUUAAGAAUUGGUGAACUUAACACAGAGACAGGACUUACAACAAUAAGUGAUACUAGUGACACGCUGUUUCAGCAAUCUCAGGCACUCAAGAUUCAACAGCUGCAACAGGAAGUAAUCAAGCUUACAGAGUCAAAAUACCAGUUGGAAUCUGAAAACAAAAUCCUGGAAGAAGAGAGCUCAUAUGCGAAAGAAUUAGCCGCUGAUGCUGCAAUUGAGCUUAAAGCUCUGUCUGAAGAAGUCAUGAAACUAUUGAUCGACAAUGAAAGACUAUCAGCUGAUUUAUUAGCAGCACAAAAUAACUCUCCAACAGUUCGUGAAACAAGAAGUCCCACUACGAAGAAAAAAGAACAAAGUCCAAGUCAGUCAGAUUUGAUGAGAGAACUUGCAUCGAGCAAGGAGAGGGAGAUGGCUUAUGAAGCUAUCCUCUCCGAAAAGUAUAAAAAAGAAUCCGAGCUACAACAAACAGUAAAGGAAUCAAAACAGCGUGAGUCUUAUCUUGAAAAGGAAAUUGAAAACAUGUGGAUUCUUAUAAAGGGGCUCAAAAAGCUACAAGGAGCCGAAACCAUCAUCUCGGAUCAAGUAGAUAGCCCCCCUUUUUCAGGUUUGAAAUGACAUCAUAAGGUUAUAAUUUUAAAGAUUUGAAUUUGUACAUGGCAGUGAAAAGGGGUCCUUUUUUUUUUCUUAUUGUUUGCAAUUUGUAUAUACAACUAGAGUGGUAGCAUUUGGGUUUGGGGUAUAAAUCUUUGAUCCAUUGUUUUCUUGCUUCCCUUCGUGUCCAUUAUUGAGUUGAGUCCAUUAUUGAGUUGAGUGUAAGUUCCAGCGAGUUUUUGAUAAAGGUGUAAAUGUUAAUGGUGUGUUUUUGAGUGUUGCAUACCGCCGUGUACAUAUAUGAGUUGGCAAAGGAAAACAUGAACAAAAAAACUUGUUUUACUAAAGUUGAUCAUUAAUAUUUUAA